AUGUCACUGCAAUCGAGUUCUAGUGGGGAUAUGAGAUCACAAGAUGCUACAACUGAACUAUUUGAUGGUCUUUGGGUGGACCUACAAAUUGAGGCUUUUGCCAAGAGUUUAAAAGGGGAAAGUAAAAACAACCACACAUUACAGGACGUGUUUGAGAGCUAUGAGCAACUGCUUGAAGGAGGUGAAAAUGGAAGAAGGAAAGCAACAGAUCAAGAAAUAGAGGGACUAAUGCUCAAUCUGUACAAGGAAUCUUUCGAUUUGCUAAAUAAAACCGAAAGAGAAAAGGUUGUUCAAAUCACUAGAGAAGUAACCAAAUUAUUGGACCUAAAAAAACCACCAUUGAGAGAAACACUAACCCGUAAAAUUCAAUUAAUUCUACAGGAUAUUAUUCGUGAUAUUGAACAUUAUGCGUGGAGUCACUGGACAGAGCAAAUAAAUUUCAAACGUUCUUUAUCCAAUCUCAUAACCAUUUCAAUGGCUAUAUUUUUCACACCAAAUAUAAUUGCUGUUGAAGGAAGGCAUGGGGUUUCGACUACCGGUCUCAACGAGGAUGAGUAUAAUGAAGUUCAACUAAACGUGACACAGAAUACGACAAAGCUUGAUCCCAUGGAUUUGAUGAAAAUCCAAGUAGAGAAGUUUUGCAAGAGCUCAUUAUCCCUCCCCUCAUUUCUGCUUCCACCUGUGGAUAUGAUUGCAUCCAUUGAGGCUCCCUGGGCUAGUCAGUUUGCUAAAACGUUUUUGUUUCCGAUCAUUAUGUUUGUCAGUGCUCAAGAAAACACUAAACAUGAUGCUCAAUUACUACAGGAACAUCUCCUUAAGAUUCAAAAAUAUAACAAAACGAUAAAGAAACGCCCUGAUUACUGUGUUAGGAAACAUGAGCUACAGGAAGGGAGGGUUAAGCACGAGGCAACGAGGAAUGUGCUAGAAGCAGGCGGGGAAGGAGCCCCCGAAGCGACUGAUAUCCUCUGGGUGGCCGAGGUAAAAUUGGGUCACCUAGGAUCAUUUUACGACGAGGAUACUGAAGGCCAUGUAAAAAUACUUGGUCAAAUAAUAGCAUCCUUAUAUCUUACGAAAUCAAAACUCGCUUUCCUAAUUACCCCCUACAUGAUUGCGAGGGUUGGAUACAUUGGUAUAGAAGAUACCGAGGGCAUCAAAAAGGUUCUGCUCAAUGUUCGAAACUUUAAUGAAAUGAAUAGCAACAUCAGUACGGUGGGAUGUUUACUUCUACUUUUACUUAAUACUACCGACUUCGAAAUGACAAGUGGUCAAUUUACAGCGCUUGAGGAUAUUUUAAUAAAGCCAAGUACACAGGGUUCAUAUUUGGGAAGUGGAGGUUCGCGUUCCAAAAGUGAAGGCUCCAAAAGUGAAGGCUCUAAAUCGGAUGAAGGUGGCAAGACGGGAGGCAAAAAGUAUCUGCGUACUGGAGGUGAAGGCGCUCAUGCAGGAGGCGCUGGUUCUCUUGCAACAAGUGCCAAUUCCGAUACAGGUGGUCAAGGCGGCCAUGGAAUAGCGGGUUCUCAUUCAAAGAGCAAAUUGUCCAAGUAUGGAGAUGGAGAAUCCAGGACUAAGGGUAAAGACCACAAUUUAAAGCAAAUGUACCACAAGUGGAUGGCAUGGUUAAAAAAGCUGCCAGGGGAAGGCAAUGCGAAUGCCCAUGAGUUUGAAGGUAAUUUAAAUGCUCGUGUAGAGGGUGGCAUUGCUCACACUGAAGACGAAGGUUCUUUUAAAAAUUUGAAGUUUAGGGGUAAGCGUUCACGUUGGCGGGAGUCUUUUUCCUUGCCGGCUAAUUGGAAUCCGGUAAGAAGCUGA